AUGAACCAUCAAAAAAAGCUUAUUCGCAUAAAAUCGUACCUUACAGCAGCAGGAUACGAAAUCAGCGAUGGCAUCAAAUACGGCACCGAUCUCCUGAUCUACACACACGAUAAGAACAAGGUGCACGCUAAAUACGCAUGUCUUGCGUAUGACAAGCAAAGCUAUUUGAGUGUUGUUGCGGUGCAGAGGGUUGUAAACGGUGCAGGGAAGAUCCUCAUUUUUGGAGAUGUUAAGGACGAUGAGGUCGUGUUCUGGCGUGUGGAGCGGUUGAGCAAGAGGAAUGAGGGUGAUCGGAUGAGCGGAGAUAAUGGCGGGUGAUAUAUGUGAUACAUAUUUAUCGCGUUAUCGUGUUUUGAUCGUGGUGAUGGAAUCUAGUGGAUAGGUGACAAUACGGCGCGUUUUAUUGGUCAGUGGCAGUCUUGUGAUCUGGUUUAGCUGUAAAGGCGCUGAUAAGCAUGAAAGGUGCUAAAACAGGAAUAAACAAGGCGAUGGAAAUGAGACAGCAGGAACGGCGUAAUAAACGCGUUGUGGCGCCUUAUUCAUGCGCAUAAAUGAACAAGAGUGCAAUUAAAAAUGAACAAAAUUACGGGUGCACAAAUGCAACGUGCGCCACAUGUUUUCAUGCCGCACGGUAAGAUCAGAAACGAGGUGCUAUCACCGUUUUGCUAAACACGUGCACGCCAAUAAGAGAUAGAUCACGAAACAGUUUAUAAGAUGUUUAUCAGCAUCAUAACACAAAAAGUAACACCUAAAAUAUAAAAGCAUGCGUAAUUCUACGUUUAUGCAUAUUCUCUCACUUUUAUUCUCAGUUAUAGCAGCACGCGAAGGAGUAGCGAAAAAAAGUCAAUUAUUUGGUAAUUUUGGUUCAUGGAAUCCAUUCGGUGCAGGAAGCGCAGGAAUAGAGCAGGCGGCAGCAAGACGAGCAGCAGCAGCAAAUGCAGCCGCUGCUGCGAACGGAUUUGGCGGCCCCUUUGGCGGCUCCUUUGGCGGUAGUCCUUACUUCUAAAUAAAUGAUUUGUAAAUAAAAGUUGCUGUG